AUGGAUCGCCUCGGCCGACGGCCACUUCUGCUGUUGGGCAGUGUGGUCAUGACUAUAUCCCACAUCAUCAUCGCGGUCCUUGUCUGGUUAUACUUUGACAGCUGGAAUGGCCAUAAGGACAAAGGCUGGGUGGCGGUUGCCUUCCUUUUCCUAUAUAUGCUGGCCUUCGGCAUGACAUGGGGACCGGUUCCAUGGGCUAUGCCAUCCGAAAUUUUCCCCAGCUUUCUGCGAGCGAAAGGUGUGGCGUUGAGCACCUGCAAUAACUGGCUCAAUAAUUUCGUCAUUGGUCUGAUCACUCCACCUCUGAUCCAGAAUACCCGAGGAUUCGGGGCGUAUGCAUUCUUUGCAGUCUUUUGCGCCUUGAGUAGGGUAUGGACAUGGUUCUGCGUCCCGGAGACGAAAGGGCGGAGCCUCGAGGACAUGGACCGGGUGUUUGGAGAUCGGGCUGCGGCCGCAGAUAAAGCUCGACGAAAGGAGAUCCUGAAAGAGCUAUUAAAGCAAAGGGAUGGCCAAAUUGAGCAAGAGGAAGUGAAGACAGCGUGA